GAGGGGAGGGCUGUGGGAUUCUUCCUUAGCUUUCAGCUCCAACAAGACGCAGUUAACAGUAAUAACUACUUUAUGCGAUUAUAACCCAAACUCACAGGAAGAUACAUUUGUUUAAAUAAUCAUUUUAAUGGCAACGAGUGUAGGACUGGCCAUGAAUCCGCCGCAUACGACAGACGAAAGGGCGGUUUUCACGCAGCUGAAGCCGGUGAGGAUGUCGGGAGCGGACGGCUCUGAGGACACGUCCGUGUUUGAGGACGUCAAACCCGCGACUCAACUAGAGUUGGACAAAUACCUCCCCCAGGUCAACAGUCCUCUUUUGAGUCUCUCGGCCGACACUGGUGACAAGAAAUACAGACGAGAGAGCGCCUCCGUGGUCGACGAGUACUUCUCGGAGGACAAACCUAAUGCCCCUUACAGCCUCAACAUCAACGUCAUCCUUCCCAGCACCACUCACCUCCGCACAGGCCUCUACCGGCCUAACACCAAGACCCUCACGCCACAGCAGAUCAAGACAGAACCCGGGCUGGAGGUCCCCUGCUCCAUCCCCACCACCCAGGCCCUGCCAGACUUCACCUCCGUCUUCAGUGUGCCGCCUGUCGUCAACAACGUUUUUAUCAAACCAGACAUGAGCUCUGGAGGAGUAGUGAGUGUGUCCGCAGCACAGCAGCAGCAACAGCAGCAGCCACAUUUGGACACAGAGCUUCACAUCGGCCCUCCUGCCCCCCAGCAGCAGGUCUACCACAUGCCCAUCACCAGCUGUGCUGACCUCACCAUGACUCUGUCCCAUACCAGUCCGUCUGCACAUGGCUCCACCGGUACUAGGACCAUGCUGAACCUCGGCGGCGUUGCAUUGCCAACAUCCAACGGCAACUACAUGAUGGCAGAACACCACCUGCACCAUGGUUACUACCAGGCCUCUCCGACCAACUCAUCACAGCACACAGCGCCCCACAGUCUGCCACCCUCACCCCCAAACUCUCAGCCAGGGAGCCCAGACGGUCAGGCAGAGCUGCUCAGCUUAGCACCUCAACCUCCGCCUCCAUACCAGCAGCGUCUGGAUAAUAUAAAGGUGACAGGGUUGUCUCCACAUGCCUUGCUGAUGACACAUGGCCAGGGUGUCCUGACAGGUCCCAAAUACAACAGGCGGAACAACCCAGAGCUGGAGAAGAGGAGGAUCCACUUCUGUGACUACCCAGGCUGCACCAAAGUUUACACAAAGAGCUCUCAUCUGAAGGCACACCAAAGGACACACACAGGUGAGAAAACAGUUUUAUGUGACUUUAACUUAAAAUAGAUGCUGAC